UUUCUCUAUCAGAAAAGAGGGGAAAAUAAAAAUUCCCAAAUCUACAGUCGCUUCUUUACUCUUCAUUUCGUUAAACCCUAGUCCUUCUCUUCUGCCCUUCUCACUCUCUCCAAAACCCUAGACCCAACCAUGUACCUCUACAGUCUUACGCUGCAACGAGCUACUGGCAUCGUCUCCGCAAUCAAUGGCAGUUUUUCCGGCGGCAAGACCCAAGAAAUUGUAGUAGCUCGUGGAAAAGUUCUUGAUCUCCUCCGUCCCGAUGAGAACGGUAAGCUUCAGACCAUUCUCUCUGUUGAAAUCUUCGGUGCUAUUCGCUCUCUAGCUCAGUUCAGACUAACUGGAGCUCAGAAGGACUAUAUAGUUGUUGGGUCUGAUUCAGGAAGAAUCGUAAUUCUGGAAUAUAACAAGGAGAGAAAUGUUUUUGAUAAAAUACACCAGGAAACUUUUGGGAAAUCUGGGUGUCGGCGGAUUGUUCCAGGUCAGUUCUUGGCCAUUGACCCAAAAGGAAGAGCUGUAAUGAUAGGUGCCUGUGAGAAACAGAAGCUAGUUUAUGUUUUGAAUAGAGAUACUGCUGCUAGGUUGACUAUAUCCUCACCGUUAGAGGCACAUAAGUCUCACACGAUUGUGUAUUCUAUUUGUGGUGUUGAUUGUGGGUUUGAUAACCCAAUAUUUGCGGCUAUUGAGUUGGAUUAUUCAGAGGCAGACCAGGAUUCGACAGGGCAGGCUGCCAGUGAGGCACAGAAGCAUUUGACAUUUUAUGAGCUUGAUUUAGGGCUUAAUCAUGUGUCUAGGAAGUGGUCUGAGCAGGUUGAUAAUGGGGCAAAUAUGCUCGUUACAGUGCCUGGAGGGGGGGAUGGACCUAGUGGAGUUUUGGUUUGUGCUGAGAAUUUUGUGAUUUACAAGAAUGAGGGGCAUCCGGAUGUCAGAGCAGUGAUACCUAGGCGCGCAGAUUUGCCUGCAGAGAGAGGAGUUCUGAUAGUUUCUGCAGCUACUCAUAAGCAGAAGUCCAUGUUUUUCUUUCUUUUGCAGACAGAGUAUGGUGAUAUUUUCAAGGUUACAUUGGAUCAUGAGAAUGAUAAGGUUAAGGAGUUGAAAAUUAAGUAUUUUGAUACAAUUCCUGUUACUUCCUCAAUGUGUGUGUUGAAAUCAGGGUUUUUGUUUGCUGCAUCAGAGUUUGGGAAUCAUGCAUUGUAUCAGUUUCAGGCAAUUGGGGAGGAAGCUGAUGUUGAGGCCUCAUCAGCUACUUUAAUGGAAACUGAGGAAGGUUUCCAGCCUGUGUUUUUCCAGCCAAGAGGGUUGAAGAAUCUUGUUAGAAUUGACCAGGUUGAGAGCUUGAUGCCUAUUAUGGAUAUGAAGGUUGCUAAUCUUUUUGAUGAGGAAACACCUCAGAUAUUCUCACUUUGUGGGCGCGGUCCUCGGUCCUCAUUGAGGAUAUUGAGGCCAGGUUUGGCCAUUAGUGAGAUGGCUGUUUCACAGCUUCCUGGUGUACCAAGUGCAGUCUGGACUGUGAAAAAGAAUGUUAAUGAUGAGUUUGAUGCAUACAUUGUUGUGUCUUUCAACAAUGCAACUCUUGUGCUUUCAAUUGGAGAGACAGUUGAAGAAGUCAGUGACAGUGGGUUUCUUGAUACUACGCCUUCCAUAGCUGUUUCUUUGAUUGGUGAUGAUUCUUUGAUGCAAGUUCAUCCAAAUGGCAUUAGGCAUAUAAGGGAAGAUGGGCGUAUAAAUGAAUGGAGGACUCCUGGAAAGAGAACAAUUGUGAAGGUUGGUUCCAAUAGACUUCAAGUCGUUAUUGCUUUAAGUGGAGGGGAGCUCAUAUAUUUUGAGGUUGAUGUUACUGGUCAGCUAAUGGAAGUGGAGAAGCAUGAAAUGUCUGGAGAUGUGGCCUGUUUGGAUAUUGCCCCUGUUCCAGAAGGAAGACAGAGGUCCCGAUUCCUUGCAGUUGGUUCAUAUGACAACACCAUCCGUAUCUUAUCUUUGGAUCCUGAUGAUUGUAUGCAAAUUCUGAGUGUUCAAAGUGUUUCAUCGCCUCCAGAGUCCCUCCUCUUUCUUGAGGUUCAGGCAUCAGUAGGUGGGGAGGAUGGUGCUGAUCACCCUGCUAGCCUUUUCCUUAAUGCUGGUUUGCAGUCUGGGGUUCUAUUCAGGACAGUAGUGGACAUGGUGACAGGCCAGCUUUCUGAUUCUCGUUCCCGGUUCUUGGGGUUGAGGGCACCAAAACUCUUCUCCAUCAUUGUGAGAGGCCGGCGAGCGAUGUUGUGCUUAUCCAGUCGACCCUGGCUCGGUUAUAUUCACCAGGGGCAUUUCCUGUUAACACCUCUUUCAUAUGAGACUCUUGAAUUUGCUGCUUCAUUCUCAUCUGACCAGUGUGCAGAAGGUGUGGUUGCUGUAGCUGGGGAUGCUCUGAGGAUUUUUACCAUUGAAAGGUUGGGAGAAACAUUUAAUGAAACUGCAAUACCUUUGAGGUAUACUCCGAGAAAGUUUGUGCUUCAACCUAAGAAGAAACUUUUGAUUAUUAUUGAAAGUGAUCAAGGAGCAUAUACAGCAGAGGAGCGUGAAGCUGCCAAAAAGGAGUGCUUUGAGGCUGCUGGGAUGGGGGAAAAUGGAAGUGCCAAUGAUCAGAUGGAGAAUGGUGGUGACGAUGAAGAUAAAGAUGAUCCGCUCUCUGAUGAGCAGUAUGGUUAUCCAAAGACAGAAUCAGAAAAGUGGGUUUCUUGCAUCAGAGUUCUUGAACCAAGGACAGCAUCCACAACUUGUCUCCUGGAGCUUCAGGACAAUGAAGCUGCAUUUAGUGUGUGCACAGUGAACUUCCAUGACAAGGAGCAUGGAACACUUUUAGCGGUUGGUACUGCAAAGGGACUCCAGUUUUGGCCCAAAAGAAGUUUAGUUGCUGGGUUCAUUCACAUCUAUAAGUUCGUGGAUGAUGGCAGAACCCUGGAACUUUUGCACAAGACACAAGUCGAAGGUGUACCACUUGCAUUAUGCCAGUUUCAGGGAAGACUGCUCGCUGGAAUAGGAUCGGUGCUCAGACUGUAUGACCUGGGGAAGAAGAGGUUGCUUAGGAAAUGUGAGAAUAAGUUGUUCCCUAACAGUAUUGUUUCUAUUCACACCUAUCGAGAUAGGAUCUAUGUGGGCGAUAUUCAAGAGUCAUUCCAUUUUUGCAAGUAUAGGCGGGAUGAAAAUCAGCUCUAUAUAUUUGCAGAUGAUUGUGUUCCAAGAUGGCUUACUGCAUCAUACCACAUAGAUUUUGAUACUAUGGCAGGUGCUGACAAGUUUGGGAACGUCUAUUUUGUGCGGUUGCCUCAGGAUGUUUCUGAUGAGAUAGAGGAAGAUCCAACAGGUGGAAAGAUAAAGUGGGAGCAGGGGAAGCUCAAUGGAGCUCCAAACAAAGUAGAGGAGAUAGUACAGUUUCAUGUUGGUGAUGUGAUUACUAGCCUGCAUAAAGCAUCCCUAAUUCCAGGUGGUGGAGAGUGCAUCAUAUAUGGGACAGUAAUGGGGAGCUUGGGGGCUCUGCUUCCAUUCACCUCUCGAGAUGAUGUUGACUUCUUUUCACACUUGGAGAUGCAUUUGAGGCAGGACCAUCCGCCAUUGUGUGGAAGGGAUCAUAUGGCAUAUAGAUCUGCAUAUUUUCCAGUUAAGGAUGUGAUUGAUGGGGAUUUAUGUGAGCAGUUCCCAACACUUCCUCUAGAUAUGCAGAGAAAAAUUGCAGAUGAAUUGGAUAGAACCCCUGGGGAGAUACUAAAGAAACUUGAAGAAGUACGAAAUAAGAUAAUUUAAGGUACUCGAGUUCGAUAGGAUCACUGUCAGUGGCAGACAGGUGAAAUAUGCUUGGAAUGCUAAGAAAUGCAGAUGUUAUAUGAGAUGGUGCAGACCUGAAUGCAAAGAGUCGCCUUGUGUGUUUUACUGGUGACAACGCAACCUGGAAGUUUUUAUGGUCGAAGAAACAGGAGUCCAUUUUAGAACUGAGGCAGCACUUUAUGCAGAUGUAUUGUCGUUUCUGAAUGCAAAUGUCUUAGCUCUAUUGAUUUACAUGGCAGCUAAGAAAACUGGCAACACGUAUAAGAUGUUAAAUGGAUAUUGUAACUAGCCUAGAUAGUUAAGCUGUUUCUUCUAUGAAAAUGAGAGAAAUCUGUAUGAUUAUUAAUUUUGAUUCUUGCUAAGCUCUUCUGUUUCUUUCACAUACUUAUGCUAAAUGGAUAUUGUAACUAGCCUAGGUGGUUGAGCUCUUUCUUCUAUGAAAAUCAGAGAAUUUUGUAUGAUUAUUAAUUUUGAUCCUUGCUAAGCUCUUUUGUUUCUUUCA